CUCCUGAAGCCUGACAAAAUAAAAGCUCUUCACCUCUUUCCUGUCACAAUAAGAGUUUUCACUUUGAAAAGACUUUAGUUUGAUAGUAACUAUUGUUGGUUUGUUUCAGACAUGUCCUCCACCAGUGAAAGGAGCUCUGAGGAGACGUUCCUAUGCUCCAUCUGUCUGGAGGUGUUCUCUGAGCCAGUGUCCACUCCAUGUGGACACAACUUCUGCCGACGCUGCAUCUCUCAGGUCUGGGACACUGAUGGGCCCUGCACAUGUCCUCUGUGUAAAGAGGUGUUCCACAGCAGACCACAGCUCAAGGUCAACACGCUCCUGAAGGAGGUGGUCUCAGGGUGUAACCUGGAGAAUAACGAGAGCAGAUCUAUGGGGGGGAUGCCCAACUUUAAAGAGGUCCAGUGUGACGUGUGCUCUGAGCCCAAGCUGAAGGCCCUCAAGUCCUGCCUGGUGUGUCUGUCCUCCUUCUGUGAGAGCCACCUCCAGCCUCAUCUCACAGUCUCUGGGCUGAAAAGACACCAGCUGAUGGAGCCUGUGGAGAACCUGGAAGACAGGAUGUGUCCCACACACCAGCGCCCCCUGGAGCUCUUCUGUGCCACUGAUGAGAAGAGCAUUUGUGUGAUGUGCUUUGCUCUAGAGCACAAGAACCAUGAGUUUUUGUCUCCGGAGGAGGUGUGUGAGCGCAGGAGGUCCUCUCUGCUGCAGACUCAGGCUCAGAGCCAGCACAUGGUGGAGCAGAGGAGGCAGAAGAUCCAGGAGAUCCAGAGCCUCCUGGAGCUGAGUGAGACAGAGGCCCUCAGAGAGAGGGCUGUGGGGCUGCAGGCCUUCACUGCUCUCAUGCAGUCUGUUCAGAGGCGUAUGGACCUCUUCUUAGAGGAGCUCCAGGAGAAGCAGAGCCGGAGCCACAGACGAGCCCAGGAUCUGGUGCGGCGGCUGGAGCAGGAGAUCUGUGAUCUGGAGCAGAGCGGCGCUCAGGCCGAACGUCUCUCACGCUCUCAUGACCCCCUCCACUUUCUACAGCGCUGCCCUGCACUCACGCCCCCUGCUGGGCUUAAGGAGUGGAGCAGCGUGAGCUUUGAGCCGGAGACGUGUGAGGGCAGUGUGACCCGGGCUCUGUCUGAGCUGGAGAACAGUCUCUCUCAGGAGUUUAAAGAACUGCCUUUAAGAUCAGAACUCCUCAGAGUGCAGCAGUGUGCGGUGGAGGUGACUCUGGAUCCAGACACGGCUCAUCCUAAUCUCGCUCUGUCUGAAGAUCUUAAACAGGUUCAUGACACUGAUGUGGAGAAGCAGCUCCCAGAUUCUCCUCUGAGGUUUGAUGAAUGUGUUAAUGUUUUAGGAAAACAGAGUUUCUCUUCAGGCAGGUUUUACUUUGAGGUUCAGGUCAAAGGGAAAACAGACUGGGAUUUAGGAGUGGCCCAAGAGUCCAUCAACAGGAAGGGAAAGAUCAAUCUAAGACCUGAACAUGGAGUGUGGUGCAUCACCUUAAGAAACAAAGAUGAGUACAAAGCUCGGUCUUCUCCUUCUGUCCGUCUGUCUCCUCAGACACCUCCUCAGAAGGUGGGGGUGUUUGUGGACUAUGGAAAGGGUCUGGUCUCCUUUUAUGAUGCACAUUCUGCAGAUCUCCUCUUCUCCUUCACAAACUGCAGCUUCAGGGAGAAACUGUUUCCAUAUUUCGGUCCCUGUUUAAAUGACGGAGGAUCAAACUCUGCUCCUCUGGUCCUCACUGCAGUGGAGACUUUGAGCAGUGACAAAGUACUAAAGUAAAAGUACUGCACUUAAAGAGGAGUAUUACACUUCUAUGGAGUAUUAACUGUUAACCAGUGGAGGAAGAAGUACUCAGUUUAGUUACUUAAGUAAAAGUAUUAAAGUACCUGUUUAUAAAUGUACUUAAAGAGUAAAAAGUUAUUUCAAAAGUAUUUCUUGCAGAUUUUGAUCUAAUAAAUCUCCAAAUGUGUCGUAACGGGUGUGUGUAGCGGACCAAGGGAUGCAGACUCGGGGCAGAUUUACAGUAUUUAUUGUAACAAUUGAACAAAGUAUGAACAGCGGGUGAUCCGGAGGUGAGCAAGUGAGCAGGAACACAGGAAACACAGGGACCGGGGACAUGAAGGGACCACAGGAUGACAGGCAGACCAGACAGGCAUAAGGCAGAGCGGGCAGGAGACAUCCGGGGCCGGAGCACGACAGGAACACAGGGAUGACAGGAACGCAGGCACGACAGGAACAAGUGAGGACGACAAACACAGCACAAACAGGGUGAGUCCAAACAGACGAUCUGCUCUUAUCCAUGGCAGGUGUGGUGAUUAGCCAGAUAGACAGCAGGUGCGUGCGGGAGGAGCUGAGAGCUCCGCCCAGCUCCAGGUACAGGCAGGUGAGGGAGGGGGAAGAGCACACAGGGAGGAAAACCAGGAGCGGACAGUGCGGAUCA